AUGCAGCUCUCCCUCGUCGUCUGUGCGCUCCCUCUCCUCUUGGUCUCCAGUUCCGCCACAUCUUACGGCUGCGAUCUCCAUGAUCCCUCCAACCCCUGCUACAUCGCCGGAGGAGGCGCCAGCGACCUCGGCCCUGAUCCCGUCCCCUUCUCGACCCGGGCGUACUGGAUGCGACGCGCCAUCGCAGCUCUAGCGGACAUCAACGAAGGUAGCCCUUGCCCCUUUGCGGCCUUUGGUUCCGUGAUCGUGAACCAUACGGCGCCUGGGAAGGGCACGGGGGAGGGCGACCGGGCCGAUCAGCUGGGCGUGGAGGUCUGCAUUGGUGCCAAUUCACUUGUGAGGGAUGGAAACCCGACGUUGCAUGGCGAGAUAGCGGCCAUCAACAACUGCAGCCGAAUACUGACCGAUCCGGACGGCCCAUACAAGCUCUCCGGGCCUGAGGCACUCCAGGCGCUGAGUGAUCUGAGCCUGUAUACCACGGCGGAGGCAUGUCCCAUGUGCUCGUCGGCAAUCCUCUAUGGCGGGUUCCGCGAAUACAUCUUCUCCACGUCGAUCCCCACGCUGCGCUCGCUCAGCUGGCCCCAGAUCGUCAUUCGCUCGAGGGAGAUCUUCUCCCGUAGUGUCGGCAGGCUGUCGGUGCAUCGGACGCGGAUCAUUGGGGACGUGCUGGCGAACGAGACCGAGCAGCUGUUCAAGUGGCAGUACGCGGAUGGAGAGUGUCCCAGCGGAUGCGAGAAGAAAGAGGGGAGUGGCUGUGUGAAGCCAACAACUCUGAAUGAUAGCACGGGGAAAGAUGAGCUGUAAGCUGCGCGGGUCGGUUGGAGCGGCCAAGAUAUACAUGGCUACAGUCCAGUCCCUGCAGACGAGUCGGGGAGUUAGUUAUAUGCUUCUUUUCCGGAAGGAAGUGUAAGGUUCAAAAAGCC